AUGAAGGCCACGACGCUGGGCACCGCCACGUUCGCUACUCUGUCUUAUUUUCCAGACCUCGCAACAACCAAUUCAGUCAGGAGCCGUGCGCUCCUCGUGGCGCCGCAAAGAUUCGAAGAACAGGAUUGGCAGCACCAAGGCUGCUAUGUUGACGUAGGUCGCACAAUUGGCGAUGCCGUCUCUGUCGAUGAACGCAUGACGAACACCAAAUGCACAGCAUUUUGCUUCGAAAGAGGCUUCGUAUACGCCGGAACCGAAUACUUCUCGGAAUGCUACUGCGGCAACUUUCUCGCUCGCGGAGCCCAGCCCGCCAAAGAUGAAGACUGCAGCACCCAAUGCGCGGGUAACAUGACCGAGGCGUGUGGCGGAAGGGACAGGUUGACUUUGUACAAGACUAGCAAAAUCAUACCCCCAGCGGUGAAUAUGGGGGUCGGUGACUGGGAGUCGAUGGGUUGCUACAUUGAGGGUAGCACAGGUCGUGCGCUGGAGCGCCAGAUCUUCAGCAUUCCCAGCAGCAAUAUGACGGUGCCGCAAUGCAUGAGCGCAUGCGAUAUCGAAGGCUACGCCCUUUCUGGCGUUGAAUACGGAGGCGAAUGCUUCUGCGGUAAUGACAUUGACAACUACGCGAGACCUGCAGCUCUCGGUGGCUGUGACAUGACAUGUAAUGGCGACCGCACGGAAUUUUGUGGCGGUCCGAGACGCAUCAAUCUCUACCAAAACAGGCUCAGACACACUUCUCAUCCAAUCCCACCUGCUCUCACACCAGCCAGCACAUCUGCCAGCGGUGGCACCACACCGACACAAUGUCCCAGCCAGCCCGCUACGGUCGGGGAAGUGUGGAACUUCCAUGCUUGCUACACGGAAGGCGACGGAGCUCGGGCCCUCGAUGGUAAAUCUUAUUCGGACAAUGAGAUGACGCUCGGCGACUGCUCUCUAUUCUGCGGCGGAUCUACCUAUUUUGGGCUCGAGUACGGCCGAGAAUGCUACUGCGGAAAUGCUUUCAAAGGCGGCGCCGUUGAGACAUCAGAAUCCGAGUGUAGCAUGCUCUGUCCCGGUGGGAUACAGUGUGACUACUGCGGAGCCGGCAACCGUCUCUCCGUGUACCUUAACUCAAGGAUCAACGUCGAUCCCAGCAGCAGCGCGCUCACCACCGCCAGCUCCACUUACACGACCAUCCGCACCAGCUUGCAUAUUUCUUCUGGGAGCCCCGGCAUCCUGUCGCCGAGCGUGGCUCCUGCUCUUUCGCCUGCCUCUUCAUCCAUUUCUGGCUUCAAAUCGGAAAUAGAGACCUCUAGCUCCCCCUCAAACUCCAGUCCGGCCUCCUCAGCCACUGGCGCCACCAGUUCGAACACAACAAAGACAGCCGUGAGCUCGCAUUCCGCCAAUCCUACGAACGGUCGGGCUUCAACAAUUUCUGCGACAAAAAGCUCUUUUUCUACUGUACCGGCCCAGAACUCCACGAUUGCACCCUGGAUAUCCUCAGGCUGGAACGUCACCCACACAAGACUUCCGCCCCCGCCCCCUCCUCCCAGCCGCUCACCCGUGCUCUCAUCGAACGAGCCAACAAUUGGCCCCAGCACUCAGCCUCCUGCACAAUCUACGCCUGCAUACACCUCAACAGGCAGCAGUUUAACAUCCCAUCCCGUUGUCACAGUCAUUGGGACGCGAACGGGUACACUGCAUUCUACCGAUCCACCGGCUGUAUCUGCAUCUCCUGUCAAAAGUUCCAACAAAGGAAUCGAUACGGCCGAGUCUACCACAGCUACUGUCAGCCCAAGUCAGGGAUCGUCGCACAGUUCUUUUCGGAGCAGCUCUGGCCAGAAGACUGUUUCCCUUCAAACUAGCCGACGACCUUCUACUGAGAGCUCUCGCCAGAAACCGUCCAAAGUUGCUACUGAGAUCAGCUCCGACGAAUCGACACGCAGUCCUAGCCACGUUUCCACGGUCCCACAGUCUAGUGAGCAUAUCACAGGUAGUAGCUCUGCGGAACUUACGAGCGAAACAGCUGUGAUCACCACUUCGGUCCCAUUGUUCCAAAACACCACAUCUUCACCGUUGCUCAACCAUACGACAUCCAUCUCUCCAACAUCAAGCGUGUCGUUCAAUACAAUAUCAGUCAAUUCCUCCACUACGACGUCAGUGACCUCUGGCUCGUUUCCUACACCUACCGGUCUGCUACCUGACGGCUGGGAAUUCUAUGGCUGCUGGAUUGACGGCGCCCAGGGUCGUAUACUAGAUACGCAACUUCCUGAUUCUGAAAAUCUCACACUACAAUCCUGCGCGAGCAGUUGUGCGAAAGCAGGCUAUACGGUCGCCGGCGCUGAAUACCACUCCCAGUGUUUCUGUGACAAUUAUAUCGAGAACGGCGGAUCCAAGGCUAAAUCUGAGGACGAGUGCAAUACUCCCUGUACAGGUAACUCUUCCCAAAUCUGCGGUGGUGGUAACCGCAUGACAAUCAUGUCUCUCGGACAACCAGAGAUUCGCGCAGCGCCGAUCGCCCUUCCAGAGGUGGGCGACUGGAAAUACCAAGGCUGCUAUCAAGACAAUGUCAACCAAAGCAGGGUCUUCUUUUGGCAGAACUUCUUCCCGAACGUCAUGACUCCACAGAUGUGCCUAGACAGAUGCGCUGAUUUUGGCUACAUGGCUGCUGGACUUGAGUACGGGCAAGAAUGCUACUGCGGCGACCCCCAGAACAUCAUUGUCCAAAAGUCACCGAAAAAAGAUGAGAAGGAGUGCAACAUUCCAUGUGCCGGAAACUCCUCCGCGCUGUGCGGCGGUGGCUCUCGCAUGUCCACCUAUUUCUGGGGUGGAAAGCCGUUUUACACUUGGGACUUCCCAGCAGCUGGAACUCCUGCUGCCGGCUCUUAUGACUUCCUUAUUGGUGGUACUAAUAUCCCUCUGAUCACUUCGCAGGCCAUCAACGGCAAGGUGACGUUUUUGGAGAAGUUUGGUACAGGCCCGCCCAACUCAACCGGUGCCUACGAGCUGGAUCUUUCCGAGAUUGACAACUGGGACCUGGCUUGGAGAACCAUGCAUGUCAAGACCGAUGUGUUUUGCGCUGCAGGUCUAACGCUUCCUGAUAAGGCAGGCCGCCAGAUCAAUAUCGGUGGCUGGUCGGGUGCGUCGACGUAUGGUGUCCGCUUGUACAGUCCCGACGGCAAAGCGGGCGUCCACGGCAAGAAUGACUGGGAAGAAAACGCCAGCAUUUUAAAACUGCAAGACGGCCGCUGGUACCCCACGGCCAUGAACAUGGCCAACGGUUCCAUCCUCAUCAUCGGUGGUGAAGAAGGUUCCAACAGUGCCCCUGUGCCGACUCUGGAAAUCCUUCCCUCCACGGGCACAAAGCCGCUGCGCAUGGAUUGGCUGGAGAGGACUGACCCCAACAACCUGUACCCGUAUGCCGCUGUCCUACCCUCUGGUGGUAUUUUUGUCGCUUACUGGAACGAGGCUCGCAUUCUGGACGAAAAUACCUUCGCAACGGUCAAGACGCUGCCAAUGAUCCCGGGCGCCGUCAACGACCCCAAGGGCGGCCGUACCUAUCCUCUCGAGGGCAGUGCGGUCCUUUUACCCCAGUAUGCUCCUUAUACCGACCCGCUUGGCGUUCUCAUCUGCGGCGGCUCUACCAAUGGCCCCGGAAAUGCUCUGGACAACUGCGUCAGCACCUAUCCCGAUGCCGCGAGCCCCAAAUGGGAGCUUGAGCGUAUGCCCUCACCCCGUGUCAUGAGCUGCAUGGCGCCUCUUCCGGACGGCACUUUCAUCAUCCUCAACGGUGCGCACCACGGUGUGGCCGGCUUCGGUCUCGGUAUCGGCCCAAACCUCAACGCGCUGAUGUACGAUCCGAGAAAGCCGCUCGGAAGCCGCAUCACGGUCAUGGCUAACACGACCGUCGCUCGCCUCUACCACUCAGAAGGUAUCACGCUUCUCGAUGGCCGUGUGCUGGUGACUGGCUCCGACCCGCAGGACGGCGUUAAUCCUCAAGAGUACCGCAUUGAAACCUUUACGCCGCCGUACCUGCUCUCUGGCAAGCCCCGUCCCACGUUCACCAUCAAGAACACCGACUGGGGGUACGGCCAAAAAAUCAGCUUCGAGCUGGGAGGCAAGGCAGCCAACGGCGACAUCACCGUGUCGCUCCUCGGCUCCGUCUCCAGCACGCACGGGAAUUCUAUGGGCGCGCGCACUCUCUUCCCAGAGAUGUCCUGUUCAGGAACAUCGUGCACGGUUACGGCGCCGCCUGGAAAGUACAUUGCGCCGCCAGGAUGGUAUCAGUUCUUUGUCCUGGACGGCGGCAUUCCGGCUGUCGGCGUUUUUGUUCGCAUCGGCGGUGACCCUGCCGGUCUUGGUAACUGGCCCCAAGGUGGCUCCUUUACCCGCCCGGGGGUUUAA